UAUAAGCUUGAUAAGAUGAGUUAAGUGUUUUGUUCCUGUUUGCUGAAUCACAAAUAGCGGAAGGGGUACUUUUGACAUCCCAGUUUAGCUGAUUUUGGCUGAUGGAUGGUCUAGUUUGUUGGCUCUUACUUCUCCUGGCUUUCAGUAUUGAUUGCCAGGAGGAGGAAACUCCUGACCCUGAGCUUCACCCGUUAGAUGGAUGGUAUAAUAAUCUUAUUAACCCAGACUGGGGUGCCGUUGAUACUCAUCUGUUACGGAAAAGUAAAGUUGGUUAUGCUGAUGGAGUAUAUCACAUGGCCGGACCGAUGAGGCCGAAUCCUUUCGAUAUCAGUAGUGCCGCACUUAGAGGACCAAUGGGACUAGGAUCACCAAGAGGAAGAAAUGCUAUGAUUACUUAUUUUGGUCAGCAGGUUGUAGAAGAAAUCAUGGAUUCUCAGAGACCUGGCUGUCCUAGAGAAUUUGAAAAUAUUGAUGUACCUAAGGGUCAUGACCUCUUUGAUACAGAGGGUAAAGGCAAUGUACAGUUACCAUUUAUACGGUCCAGAUAUGACUUCAGAACAGGACAAUCACCUAAUAACCCUAGACAACAGAUAUCUGAAAUAACACCAUUUAUUGACGGUCAGCUAAUGUAUGGACCAGCAAAAGCAUGGACAGAUGCCAUACGGGAAUUCCGUGGAGGACGUCUGAAAGCAUUAGAUGAUAAACCACAUCCUAUAAGCAUGAGUCUACCUGAUAGAAAUAACAUCAGACUACCAUAUGCUAAUCCACCCAAUCCUAGAGAAACAACAAGAGAAACCAGACUCAGAGGGGUUAAUAGAUUUUGGAGACUUGGUAAUCCCAGAGGUUUUGAAAACCCCUUUUUGCUGUCAUUUGGAGUACUUUGGUUCAGAUUACACAACUACUAUGCCAACGAGACUGCCACCAGCAAAGGGUGGACAUCGGAGGAAGAUUUAUUUAAAUUUGAUGAGAGAAUAUUUAAUCAAGCUAGGAAGAUGGUUGUUGGUAUUUAUCAGAAAAUUGUGUUUUAUGAUUGGCUUCCAAGAUGGUUGAAAAUCGAAGCUGAUAAUUCGACGUUUUUCGACAUUAGAGGAAGAAUACCAUAUAGAGGUUAUGACCCAACAGUUCACCCUGGUAUAACACAUGAGUUCCAGACAUCAGCUAUGAGGUUUGGACAUACACUGGUGACACCUGGUUUGUGGAGAAGAGCUGCUCCCAGUAAUGGGAAUCGAUGUCCAUGGAUUCCAAGUAAGGUUAACAUAGCUGGUCAACCAGAAGAGGUUCAUGCUUUAAGAUUGUGCAAUGCCUAUUGGAACUCUCAGGAAUCUGUAACAGAAGAUGUUGAUGCUUUGUUUAGAGGGAUGGCCUCAACCUUAGCAGAACGGGAGGAUAAUAUAAUGGUAGCUGAUUUGGCAGGUGAUGUAUUUGGACCAUUAGAAUUCUCCAGACGUGAUCUAGGUGCAAUAAAUAUUCAGAGAGCACGAGACCAUGGGUUGCCUGAUUAUCAGUCAGUAAGAGAGGCAUUUGGUCUGCCCAGGAUAGAAAGCUUUGAAGCAAUGCAUAAUGGCUCUAUUGAAACAAACGAAAAAGCUAUACAACAAUUAAAAGCAGUAUAUUUAAAUGCUAAUCUCAAUGCCUCAGCACCAGACGAUGUUGAUUUAUUUGUUGGGGGAUUGAUUGAAACCACAUUAGAUGGACCAGGACCAUUGUUUACAGAAAUAACUCUAGAUCAGUUCCGUAGAAUCAGGGAUGGUGAUAGAUUUUGGUAUGAGAAUAGGGAUAAUGGUUUGUUUAGUGAUGCUGAAUUGAAUGUGAUAAAUUCCACAACACUAGGUGAAGUUAUUGCUAAAGUCACCAAUGUCAAGGUUCAAGGUCAGCCAGGUGUCAAUGGUCAAAACAGAGAGGUUCAGCAGGAUGUCUUUAUACACAAUGGAGCCAAUGAUCCAUGUCCUCAACCUGCUCAGUUAAAUAUAAAUACUGCAGUAUCUGUUCCCCCAAACAGUGGGAAUAACCGUACCAUCAUUGAGAACUGUGUACCAUGGCAGACAUAUGACUAUUUUUCUGGCAGUGAAGUGUCGUUUCCUUUGACAUUCCUAGCUGUAGCUCUGUUUAUUCCAGCUACUAUAGGACUGAUGAUAUGUAUGGCUAAAUACAGAGAAAAGAAAUUAGCUAAAGCAAGACAAAGAAUUGUCAAGAGAGAAAAGACCAAGGAACCACACACAUAUCUAGCAAUAGAAUGGGUGGGACCAAAUGAUGGGGAAAGACACGUCAAGAUCAAAUUUGAUGAAAAUAGAAAGAAAAUUCAUGUCAGUGAUCGUCGUGGGAAACCUCUAAGGAUGAUAGAUCUUAGGAGUCAUGGAAGCAAACAAAUAGACAAACUGCAUAUUUGGGUAUCAGAAGAUACAGGAACUGUCAUGUCAGUCAGAACUGAGGGGGAAAUUGAUUUGGUGCUGAAGUUUAGUGAUGCUAUGGACAGACAGGAGUUUAUACAGAAGCUGGAACCUUUCCUCCGGGGCAUUGGAUUAUCACUGCAGAAAAUUAACUUCAAAGAGGAAGUCAUCAAGAAAAAUGCCACUACGAAGGAACAAAGACAAAAAUUACUUGAUAAAUUCUUCAGAAUAAUUUGUCUACAGGCUUUCAAACAUACCAACAUGGAUGCUAUGGAUUUGGGUGUCCUUGACAUUGAAACAUCCAAGCAGAUAGCAGAUAUUCAGCUGACCAGAACAGAAUUUGCAGAAGCUCUUCAACUCAAACCAACAUCACUGUUUGUUCGUAAUAUGUUCGUAUUGGUGGAUGCUGACAAGACUGGAUUUAUUAGCUUUAAAGAAUUCUUGGAUUUCUUUGUUGUUUUGUCUUCAGAUGACGGUGAAGGUAAAGUGGAGUUGAUGUUUAGAAUGUACGAUACAUCUAAACGUGGCGUGUUGACACAGAAACAGUUUGCCUUGAUGAUUAAGUCUCUAUUAGAACUGUCUGAUUCUUCAUUGGAACAGAGACAGCUUGAUCAAUUGGUAACAUCUAUGUACAGGACUGCAGGAGUACAGGAGGGAAGUGACAUGACAUUAGAAAACUUUAAGAAGAUAUUUGCCUCAAAAGAAUACGCUCAUACCCUAGACAAAGCCACUUUAAAUCUUGAUGGAAUAAGUAUGCCAACAAAAGAAGAGGGAACAAGAUCUGGAGCAAGACAGACAUUAAAAGCUAGAGGAUCAACUAUAGUUAGAGGGUAUAAUACCAUGAAACCUGGAACAAAGAAUAUAAGUAUGAAGAGACAGCAGAGUGUGAGUGCCCCAACCAAUUUUGCCGUGUAUCCUAGAACAGCAUUUGGACAGAAGUGGUAUAACUUCUCACAAUGGGUGGCUACAUACCAGUUACAGAUCUUUUGGUUAACACUUUACACACUUGUUUUAAUUGGAGUAUUUUUAGAAAGAGCAUUUUACUAUGCCUUUGAGAGAGAACAUGCGGGACUGAGAAGACUUGCUGGUGAUGGUGUUACUACAACUAGAGGAGCAGCUAGUGCUAUGAUGUUUACUUACUCAACUUUACUCAUCACAAUGAGUCGAAAUAUGAUCACGUUUUUCAGAGAGACAUUUUUACACAGGUUUUUCCCAUGGGAUUCUAUGCAUCUUUUCCACAAGUAUAUUGCUGCUUUGGCUUUAGUUUUCACAAUUUUACAUAUUAUUGGUCAUGGAUUCAAUUUAUACCAUAUCUCUACACAAGCUUCUGGUGAUCUCAACUGUUAUUUCACGGAAUACUUCAGAGCUACUGAUGUAUUAGCCUCAUUCCAUUAUUGGACUUACGGAACAAUAACAGGUUUAACUGGUGUCCUAGCAACCCUUGUUGUCAUUGUCAUGUAUGUGUUUGCUAUGCCUUAUGCUAGAGCCCAUGCAUUUAAAGCGUUUUGGAAAACUCAUAAUUUAUACAUCAUCCUGUAUAUUUUGAUGAUCCUCCAUGGUUCAGGAAGACUUGUCCAGCCUCCAUUGUUCCAGUGGUACUUUAUUCCUCCAAUGAUUAUCUUUAUCAUAGACAAGUUGAUCAGCUUGAGUAGAAAUAACAUUGAAAUUACUGUUAAAAAGGCAGAGUUACUUCCCUCUGAUGUAACUGCCCUAAUUUUCAAGAGACCUGCCAACUUUGAAUACAAAUCUGGUCAGUGGGUGAGAAUUUCCUGUUUAAACCUUGGAUCUAAUGAGUACCAUCCCUUCACCCUAACAUCAGCUCCACAUGAAGAGAACCUGAGCUUACACAUCAGAGCAGUUGGACCAUGGACCACAAAUCUUAGAGCUGAAUAUGACGCUAACAACCUGGAAACUGGACAAGAAAUACCUAAGCUUUAUUUAGAUGGCCCCUAUGGAGAAGGUCACCAGGAUUGGUACAGAUACAAAGUGGCCAUAUUGGUUGGUGGUGGUAUAGGAGUGACACCAUUUGCUUCCAUUCUGAAGGACAUCGUUAACAAAUCAAAAAUUGAUGAAAUGAGAUUCCCUUGCAAAAAAGUAUAUUUUCUAUGGGUAACAAGAACACAGAAACAAUUUGAAUGGAUGACAGAUAUUAUAAGAGAAGUGGAACAGAAUGAUGCCAAUGGAUUUGUGGACACACAUAUAUUCAUUACACAGUUUCAACAGAAAUACGAUAUCAGGACCACCAUGCUGUACAUUUGUGAGAGACAUUUCCAGAAAGUGGCUGGCAGGAGUUUGUUCACUGGGUUGAGUGCUGUUACACAUUUUGGUAGACCUAAAAUGACAGAUAUACUGAGAAAUAUCAAGUUGGAACAUCAAAAUGUGAAUUUAUUUGGUGUAUUUAGCUGUGGGCCUGCUCCUCUAACCAGAGGUCUAGAUAGAGCAUGUGCUGAUAUGAAUAAAGUGGAAGGAGCUGUUUUCAAACAUCACUUUGAGAACUUUUAAUACAAUAACAUAUUAGUUGAAUCAUCUGAUAGAAUGAGUGGGUUUUUUUCUCUCUAUUUAACAGAACUAGGCAGAAGGAACUUAUGACUGUAUUUAAAGUUCAUUGUUAUACUCAAUAAACCUGUAUGUUGAAAUGUUUUUGACAAAUGAAGGUGUUUAAUGAUUUUCAUCACAGUUAAAUAUUUUUUGGGUGAUUUACACAUGAACACAUGGAUAUGAACAAAUUUUGCUACUACAUGUUAUAUAAAAAAAAAUAGUGUUCUUUUAUAAACUUAUAAAGUCUAGUAAAAGAUAUUUAAGUAUUCUAUUUUGGGGAAAUCUGGGAAUUUUUAUCUCAUCUAAGUCAUAAAUCAUAAAAUUAUGGUAAUAAUGCUAUUGCAAAAGAGUAAAAUUGUUUUUUCAUCAUUUUCAUUGCUAUAUUUUUUUCAAAUAUGUUUUGUAUUUCUGGACAUUUUUUUAAAUAUGGUGAGCUGACAGUUUAUUAACCUGCCAAUGGAAUUGGGUUCAGACAUUUUCAUUCUAACUUGUUCAGUUUAAACUGACUAAAGUAGUACUAAAAUCAAACUGAUUUAAUGUUUUUUGUUAAUUAAUGUACUCUAUAUAAUUUUGUAUAUUUUUUUUACAUAUCUUCAGUAUACUUUUUAUGCUUUAUAAUAUUCCAACUUUUGAUAUAUUUAAUUUCUUUUUUUUGUUAGAGAUUAUAAGUAAACUUUUAUAAAGAAAGCAAAUAAAAACAUACAUAAAUCCCACUGGCAUGUCACAGAGAGCCUUUCAAAAUGAAGAACAUCUUAAAGUCACAACAAUUUAUUUUAAAUCAAGGAAAAGUAUAAGGUAUAAUAAUGUCGCAAUCCUCCCUCCCGCUGAAUGGGACCAGAGUCGGAUUCAAAGGCUCCCCCGUUGUUGUUGGACAAGUUCAGUAAAUUAUAUAGGAAGCACUGAAGCAUGACUGGAGUUGGCCCUCUCGUAGGCAUUCAGUUGGCCGCCACUUAUAAAAAUUUCUGGAUCCGCCUCUGAGGACAAGCAAAAUAGUUCAAUACAUCCAUUAAAGAACAUUAUUUAAAUGUUCACAAGACAUUAGACUACAAAUCAGAAGUAUUUACGUUUUGAAUUGUGUCUUACAUGUUUCCAUAUGGGCUACACACAUUUAUUUACUGCAAAACUGCCAAAAUACCCUCAUUAUGUAGAUCUUGUUUUUAUUAACAUUUAGAUAUCACCCACAAUUAUAUUUUUAUUCAAGAUGUGUUUUAUAAAGAUGCUUUUGUGUGUAAAAUUUCUUUUUGGUUACAGGUAAUAGGCCUUCACUCAUGCAUGUAUUUGUUUCAACCCAAAACUACAUGCAAAAAUAAGCAUUUUAGGUCAUAUUUAACAAUGUCAUAUUGACAUCACAAGGAACCUUUCUGAUCUUAAUUAUCCAGUUGAUACCAAUUACCAAACAACAAACUUAACAUGAGCUAUAAUUUACCAGAAGAUCCAAAGCCUUAAUGAAUAAUUGUAUAAUUUUGGCAAUUUUAAGUAAUAAUAUCUUUUUAAAGAAAGUGUACAUUUAAUUGUCAUGUACCAAAAAUUACUGUUAGCUUCAUUUGGCAAGAAUUUUUACCGUUAUUCCUUGUGAAGGUACACCCCCAUUACGACCAUUUUAACAAUGUUAGUAGAUGUUUAUUGAAAGAAAAAUAAUCCAAAAAGAAAUAGUAAAUUAGUACUACUGAAAAGGGUAUGUCAUGUUUAUUGACUACACAAGUGUAGAAAAAAAAAUACAAUUGGUCAUUGAUUUUUUUUUAUUUUACAGUUUAAUAGUGUGGUUAAAUCAUCAACUGCAAUGUUGUAGCAUAUAUACAAUUUUAGAAAUAAAUUGUAGAAAGAUUUUAAUAAUUUUUGGAUUGCUCGAAACAAACUGUGCUAAAUGUGUAUAUGGAUUUUCAUGCAAAUCCCACAAAAUUCAUCUUUUGUACUGAUUUUAAUAGAUAUUCAGCCCUUUUAUUUACAAAUGGAUUGCUAAUGACUUAAUUUAAAGAUAAGAAAAUUGAGGCUUGCAGUGCAUAUACUCCUAAAUGUUACCUUAAAACAAAU